AGCACUGGAUACAACCUGUAGCUCCUAGCUUUGGAAUGACAUCUGUGAGCCACUGGCAAAUAGACGAUAUUGACGAUGCUUUGGCUGCUGAUUUCGAUGGCAGCCUUUCUGGCUUGGGCAUGGAACUGGGAACAGCCUCUUUUAACAUGAGUGAUGCUCUUCUGGCUCUCCCGAGCUUGUCGUCAGUCAAACAAGAAAUGCCCAGAGACAAUGGCUACAGUUUGUCUGAUACACUGCGCAUCAUAUCCAACAGUGAAAGCGGCAGCACGUUGCUGAACAGUGAGAAUUCACGUUCCCUGGUUCACGGUAAGAAGAACCGUCUGCCGCACAGUGGAGAUGACGAUGUCAGUGGUGCCAUCAAGCGCUUUUGUGUCAGCACAGGGCGGGAGCCCCAUGACACUAGUCCCAGCCAUUGCAGGCACAGUUCGUCAGCUCCCGACCUCCGGCUAGCAGUGUACCAGCCAGGAGGGGGGCUUCCUGGAACUUCGCCCUCGUCGAGCAGUUCCUUGCCCCUGCAUGUACUGCCUGCUUCGCCUGCGUCGCCCCCUGUGGGAGCUACCGGAGGGUUCCAGUACGUUCUGGGUGCAGCAACAUCAAUUGCAACAAAGUUGCAUGAGGAGACCAUGACCUACCUCAACCAAGGCCAGUCCUACGAAAUCAAGCUCAAGAAGCUCGGAGACCUCACAGAAAUGCGGGGGAAGAUGCUCAAGAGCAUCAUCCGAGUUGGCUUUCAGGAGAGACGGCUGCAGUACAUGGAGAAAGAACAGAUCAUCCUCUGGACUCGGCAGCGGAUGGGGGAACGCAUUUUGGAGACCGACGUCCCACUGUCUUACGGCGUGUACGACGUAGUCAACUGUUCUUCGAGGAUCAAUUGCUGCGAGCUCUUGUGGGACCCCACGAAGGAGACGGGAGUCUUUGUGAGAGUGAACUGCAUAAGCACUGAGUUCACGCCCAAGAAGCACGGAGGGGAGAAAGGAGUUCCCUUCCGCAUCAUCAUCGAGACGUUCUCGCACGGGGACGGGCAUCCGCAGAAGUUGCACGCUGCUUCCUGCCAAGUCAAGGUGUUCAAGCCCAAGGGAGCGGACAGGAAGCACAAGACGGACCGGGAGAAGAUGAUGAAACGACCCCAAUCUGAGCAGGAAAAGCACCAGCCUUCUUACGACUGCACAGUUUUCACUGAGUGCACCGCGGAAGUGGCAUUUGGUCCGGCAAUCUCGCCUCCGCCCGUGGUGACUGCAGUGUCCGGGCCUUCCGCUUCCUCGACGGGGUCGCAGCAGUCGCUGAGCAGCACCACGUCCACCACGACGGUGGUCGCCGCAACUACGGGGCAUCGUUUGUCCACCGGCACUCCGCCCCCUCUGCCUCCGCCCCUGCCGUCGGUGAGUGGCGGGCGCCCCUCCAGCUACUCCCCCCAGACCAACGACAGCACUUACGGGGCAGUGUCCAUUCACGAACAGAACCCUGGCACCCCAGGCAGCUCAACCAGCGAUGUGCUGGAAGUAUCGGACGCCUCACUUUCUUCACCGCAAACCUUUGCGGUCUCUUCGGGGUCCCUGCUGUCAUCCGAGGCCAGUGCAACGGAGACGUCUCAGUGGCUGCACCAGAACCGUUUUGGUCCUUUUGCACAAACUUUCAACAGCUUCUCCGGUGUGGAUGUUUUGCGCUUGACACGUGACGAUCUCAUCCAAAUCUGUGGCUUAGCAGAUGGGAUUAGACUCUACAACGCCCUGCAUUCAAGGGCAGUUCGACCAAGGCUGACUCUGUACAUUUGCCUGGCUCACGAACAUGUGUUCCGGGCCGUGUACUUGGAGAACCUUACGGUGAUGGAUCUCCUAAGCAGGCUCGCAAGUGUCUGCAACUUGUCGCCUUUUUCGGUGCAUGAAGUCUACGUCAGCGGGCCCACAGGAAUUCACAUCUUGGUCACAGACGAGGUGGUGAGGAACAUGAACGAUGAGUCCAUGUACAUUUUGGAACUGUUAAGAGGCCAAGAAGAGGAAGGUUACAGCCUCUUGCUUAAACUCUACGUGAACAGUCGGUCGUGAGGGUCCAGUUCUUUCUCACUGUGUUCUCAUCUUUCUCGAACCAUUUACACCUGCGUGCAGCUGCCACCUGUUCUUUCCUCAAGACUGUACCUGAUGGGCAAACCUUACACUUCUUCAUUCCAUCCAUUCUCGUUGGCAACUGCCGCUGUUUUAUCACAUUCACGUGU